AUGUUGCCAUUGUCGUUGCUCAAUGCGGCGAAAGACAAGCCAAUGCUCGUCGAACUCAAAAACGGCUCGACGUUCAAUGGCCACCUGGUCGCGUGCGACAACUUCAUGAACCUCACUCUGCGCGAGGUAUACGAGACAAGUGCUAGCGGUGAACAGUUCUGGAAGCAAAAAGAGUGCUACAUCCGUGGUAGCACGAUCAAGUACUGCCGAGUAGCAGAUUCGGUGAUCGACCAGGUCAAGGAGCAGGAGGAGCAGGCGCGCAAGCAGCGACAGCAGGGUGGAGGUGGAUUGUCUGGUGGUGUCAGCCUAGGCAACCGCGGCGGUGGUGGUGGUGGAAGAGGCUUUAAUCGGGGUGGUGGACGCGGCGGUGCUGGCGGCGACCGGGGAGGGAGGGGUGGUGGUGGUGGUGGCGGAAGGGGAAGGGGACGAGGUCAGUAA